AUGACAGAAUGGGAGAAGAUGAAUGGGCCACCAGUUCUGCCACCAUUGUACACCAAGCAAGUAGGCAGACCAUGCAAAAGCAGAAGAAAAGCACCAGGUGAAGUAAUUUGCAGUAAUGGUGGCAAGAAAAUGUCUAGGCAUGGUGUCAUCAUGCACUGCAAAUACUCUGGAGAGCCAGAUCACAACAUUGAAGGAUGCAAGUACCUCAAGGCAGGAGUACCUCCUCCAAAUAUUCAUGCACCAUCAGCACCACAAGCAAAUCAUGAAGCAACAUCACCAGAUGAGCAACAUGUGCAAGAUGAAGAUCCUGUCAUUACUCAGGAACACAACCCUGCAGAAAAUCCUAUCAUAGAAGAUCUCAUGGUUGAUCAAAUGAUAGAAAGGAGGCCUAUGCCAAGAGUGAUUGCACAAGGACCUGUUCCAGAGUCAACAUUCCUUUCUGCUGCUCAGUUGUUGGUCAAUCAAAACCAAGGGAGCACAAGCACCAUUCAGCAAGGAGAGAUGGCUAAGAAGUUACUUGCUUUAAAAAAGCAGAGAGACAAAGAGUUAGAAGACAAGAAAAAUGCUAUACUUGCAGCAAGGAGAGAAGAACAGGAAAAGAAGGCUGAAGAAGCUGCCAGGAAGAGACAUCUGCAAGAGGAGAAGAAAACAGCAGAGGCAGAGAGGAAGAGACAGGCAGCUGCUCAGAAUAGAGAGAAGAGGAAAGAAGAAGCAGCAAUAAAAACUGCUGAGAACAAAGCAAAGGAGGCUGAGAAGAAGGCUCAAAAAGAACAAGAAGCUGCGAAGAAGCUAGCAGAGAAAGAGGCUGCUGCAGCAAAAAGAAGAGCAGAUAAGAAAGCAGAGAAGGAGGCUGCUGCAGCACAAAGAAAGGAAGAAAUGAGGCUGAUAUCUAUUGCAAUGGGUAAAAGCCAGGAUGAUUCACAACACCAAGAAGAUGGUCAGCCAAGGAAGGCCAGCAGAACAUCCAUGUUUGAUAUCUUCAGGUGA